CUGGUUUGUGUUGAUGAUUUGGACUGAUAGUUGCCAUCAGUCACCAUCUGAUCUUCCAUUCUUGUCUUUUUCAAUUUCUGUUUUUUCUUCUUUCCCUUUCUUUCUCCUCUCUUCUACUUCCUUCCACACUCCAAAACGCACACACAAAUCAGAUCAACUGAAUUUCCUUCAGUCUCUGUCUGUCUCUCAUGGAUGAUCCUCCCAAACACCGCCUCCUAACUCUCCUAAACGCUCUCAAAGAAGCUUCCAAAGCACUUCACACCAACUCCAACCCUUUCUCCUUCCUCUUCCCAACAGAUUCCAGCGCCGCCAUUGACACGCUCCUCGACCUCGAAGCCAAGGCCCACGCCGCCUUCUCCUCCGACCCGAACCUCAGCAAUCUCUCCCGCAUCCUCUCCUCCCUGCCCACCCUAAUCGAUAAACUCCACAAGCAUCGCGGCUACUUCCCACGAUCCCUCCUCCAACGUCACCUCACCAAAUGCAAGAUAUCCCACCUCGCCAGCGCCAUCCAGUCCGAAAUCCAAAAGUACAUCGACCGCGUCGCCGUUCGCGAUCUCGUCGACGCGCUGCAGGAGCCGCCGUUGCGGCACGACGAAGAACAGCGCCAGCUCAAGGCUCUCGCCGAGUUCCGCCAGAGACUCUCCCAGGGCUUCGAUUUAGAGUUCCAGGACCUGGUUCUGCGCGCGAAGGUGUUCACGCUCUUGGAGUGCGUGCUGUUCGAGAAGUCGAAUUCGAGUUCGAAGCGCGUGAAAGAGGAAGCUGCCAUGACCAUAGCAGCGCUGGUGAAGUUCAACAAGAACGUGUUCGUCGGGCUGGUGCUGAUGGGCCCCACCAUCAAGGCCUUGAUAGCGAUGGCUUCCGAGUGCUCCGUUCGCGUUCUGUCGUCGCUGAUUAAUUUCAUUCGAAGCCCUUUGGUUGAUGAGAUUCUGUGCAGCGGAGAGAUCCCCAAAAUUAUAGGGUUUCUGCGUUCGAUGGAAUUAGGGCUUCGCGUUGCGGCGUUGGAGUGCGUUUUGGAAUUGGGAUAUAUAGGGAGAAGGGAAGUGGUGGAAGCGAUGGUGAAAGAGGGAGUGGUUGAAAUUCUAAUGGACUUGCAAAGAGAGGGGUGUAGUGAGUGUGAUUGUGAUUUGGCGUUUGGGAAUUGUGUUUCGAGGUUUGCGAUUCAAGUGGAAGUAGGCGAGGGUUUAAGCGCGGAAGAGAAAAGAGAGGUUAAAUCAGAAAUACUGAGGAUUGUGAAGGAAGUUUCGGCGACUGAGGCAGAGUUUGCGACUGUUAGCGCUGAAAUUCUGUGGGGUUCUUCGCCUUAAAUUGUCCACCUUUUCUAUUCAACGUGUUGGUCUGAACUCUAAGUUUGGUUGAGAAUUUAUUCGUGUGUAUAUCAGAACAAUAAAACCAAGGUGGAUUUUUGAGGUUGUGCUAGAUUCACUAGUAUUCAUAUAAAAUCAGCACAUUUCACCUUUUUGUAUCUCCUACAAAGUCCCAGAUAUUUCAAUCAAUUGCAGUGAUCCAAUCAAA